AUGUCCCAGGCAGCAAAGAAGAAAGUGGUUGUUGCAGGCGGAAAUGGAUUUCUAGGAUCACGCAUUUGCAGAGCCGCCGUUGCUAGAGGUUGGGAUGUCACCUCCAUCAGCCGCUCUGGUGAGCCUACAUGGGCACAUGUCUCCUCAGAGGUCACUGCUCCCUCAUGGUCAACUUCCGUCACCUGGGCCAAAGGUGACAUCUUGAAACCUAACACCUACACUCCUUACCUAAAAGACGCCGAUGCAGUCGUACACACAAUGGGCAUCUUAUUGGAGGCGGACUACAAGGGAAUCCUUUCGGGCAAGGAUAGUAUAUGGACUGGCUUGUCCCGAGCUUUCAGUUCUACGAAAGCUGGCAGUACCAAUAACCCUCGAGACCGGAAACCAGGCGAAGAAUUGGGAAAAGGAGAAAAAGAGGGGCAAAUCACUUAUGAGCUCAUGAACAGAGACUCGGCCAUCGCUUUGGCACAGGAGGCGGAAAGAGCAGGAGCUAAGACGUUCGUCUACAUAUCCGCCGCCGCCGGAGCGCCCAUGCUGCCCUCCAGAUAUAUCACGACGAAACGCGAAGCCGAGAGUUCAAUAGCAAGCUCCAUGAUCAAACUGAGAAACAUUUUCAUACGACCAGGCUUCUUAUGGGAUAGCAGCCGAAAGUUCACUCUUCCCGUCAUGGCGUCGGGAAUGGUCGGAAGUACAGUGAACGGCUUGGUUGGAGGCAGUUUGAGUGGCAUCUUCGGUGCAGCUGUUGAAAAGCCUCUGAAAGCAGAUCUGGUCGCAGAUGCCGUCGUAGAAGCCAUUGCAGACGACUCGGCGAAAGGCGCCGUGGAUACCAAGCACAUCGAAGCCCUGGCCGCGAAGGCCUGGAGGAAGACAAUGCUUUGA